CUUCCAGUCGACUGUCCCCUCCAUUUCAGUUGUCUGCUGCUAUUACAGCCUGCUGCUGCUGCUGCUAAUCCUUUUCUCCUGUCACCAAUGGCUCAAUUCUCAAUUUUCCCUGAGCAAAACAGUCUCCAGGACCUCCUGAACAUUCACUCGGUCCAAGAGGACACCCAGUACAAGUCUAUGGGAAUCUACGACUUGAAAACGUGCGAGAUCCCAAUGAGACCUCCAACUCACCAGAAUCCGGCCCAGAAGGAGCACAACACUAUGGAAGACGAGAUGAUGGCCGUGCUCAACAGCUUUUCCAGAAGAAUCGAGAUUAUGAGUGCUCCGGAGCCCAAGGCUUUCAGGUACUACUUCGAGAUAUCCCCACCGCCGAAGCCAGAAGCCCCCAAGUCCCAGCUUGGCCUUGGAGACCUCUCCGAAGAAAGCUACCCGUUGACUCCGGAGCCUAUUCAGCUGGACACCUGCCUCACUUGGAGCCCUGUCGAGCUGCAAUUCGACCCGUUUGCCGAGCCGGAGCCAAUUUUCUACAAUGAAGAGAUGGACAGUGGGCCGACACCGGAGCCCAUACCGGAUAUUUUCGAGUCGCCAAGAUCGGAGGUUGAAGCGGUGAAGAUGUUUCGCAGUGAGGUGAUUUAUGAAGACUUCGCCGAAGAGUGAAGACCGUUGCACCAUGUGUCUCCUAAUUUUUUGCAGUUUUUUUUGGAAUUCUGACCGUUUUAAUAAACUUUUUUUGCACAA